AUGCAACAAGUUCCAUGGGAAGAAGUAUACGGCACAUCCAGCUUCCUUUCAGCGUCCUAUAAGCUGAAUGGACACGUGUUCACAUCCGGGUGCAUUGGCACAGACCCUACUACAGGCGAACUUCCAGAGUCAGUGGAGGCGCAAACAAUCAACGUGGUGAAGAAUGUGGAGGCUGUUUUGAAGGCCUCGGGCUCGAACCUCAACCGUGUCUUGAAAGUGUUAUUGUUUGUUUCCAGUGACGCUGACACCUCCAUUGUCAACAAGAUCUACACCGAAAACUUUGUUAACAAGCCUGCUCGGUCGUGUGUAAUUGUCAGUUUUCCCAACCCAAAGAUUAAGGUCGAGUUGGAAUGCGUUGCCGAGUACGAGGACUUGAACAGACCCAAGGUCUAG